AUGAUCGGCGGGAUCCUCCGGCCGAAAAGUACGUCCUCUUCCACUUUAGCCCCUGCUUCCAGCCCUGACCCUCUUUUCCCGUGCCACACGUGCCUUCUCCUCUUUUCGGUUUACCACCAACACCACCACCACCACCAGUCUCCACUUCAGCAGUGCCAGACGGCGACACUGCGGCCUCGACUCUCGCUCGUCCUCGGUGUUGCAUUCCCACCACCACCACCGUCCAAUACUACUGGGCAGUGCUCCAUAGUCCAAUCCAAUCACGCUCACUGCAGAAUCAACAGCAAGGCACAGUCACUCGCCUGCUGGAUCUCGAGACACGCAUUGCAUGCCCUGCGGAUGCCUCACUCAGUCACCCAGUCACCCAGUAGUAACAAUCACCACUGCCAAACGGCGACUACACGGCGACCACCAAUCGGCCCGGCGAAUGGCCCGCGACUGAUGUCUCCUCGUCGACCCUCCCCAACGUCUCCAUCAGUGUCCAUCGUGGGAUGUUUGCCCACACAGCGCCACGCCAUACUGCCGCUAACUACCCUUAUCCUUUGCAAUCCUCACAUGUCGGCCCUUAUACAGGGGCCUGAUUACUAUGGAUCUCGCCUCACUUCUCAACUUGAGGCCCGAUUGUGA